GAACAGAUGAUUAUUUGCUAUUGUAGUUGUUGCGAAACGAGUAAAUUUAAUUUUGACUAAAAACGAUUAAAAUUGAGUAAACGCAGACACAACCGGCUCGAAAACGCACUUCAGCAACUUCGAACAGUUUAAACGUACGAGUGCAACGUGAAGCCGGAGUUCAGUAGUUUCUAGUAUUUCACAAACUAAAUGUAUCUUACGUGCAGAAAAUCGAUUUUUGCCUUAACAGCGGUUUUGGGUCGACGGUCAAGUGCGGUGAGGACCAGCAUUUCAGUAACGCAACGAACAAUUGGAACGCUAAGAAAUCCCAAGAUGACAGUAGCCGAGAGUUCCCAAAAAUCCCCAACGAGAAAGACCGAUAACAUGGAGCCAGUUUUGAGAUUAAACAACAUUGAAAAGUCGCAGCAGGAUACGCGGGACUACCGAGGAUUGCAGCUGGAAAACGGCCUAAAGGUCCUGCUUAUCAGUGAUCCCAAAACAGAUGUCUCGGCAGCAGCUUUGUCCGUACAAGUGGGUCACAUGUCCGAUCCCACAAACCUGCCAGGACUGGCGCACUUCUGCGAGCAUAUGCUCUUCCUGGGCACCGAGAAGUAUCCUCAUGAGAAUGGCUACACCACAUACCUCUCGCAAAGCGGUGGAAGCAGUAAUGCAGCCACCUAUCCCCUAAUGACCAAGUAUCACUUCCACGUGGCGCCGGACAAGUUAGAUGGAGCCCUAGAUCGCUUUGCCCAGUUCUUUAUAGCCCCUUUGUUCACACCCAGCGCCACUGAGAGGGAAAUCAAUGCGGUGAACUCUGAGCACGAGAAGAACCUGCCCAGCGACCUGUGGCGCAUCAAGCAGGUAAACCGGCACCUGGCGAAGCCGGAUCAUGCUUACAGCAAGUUUGGUAGCGGAAACAAGACUACACUCUCAGAAAUACCCAAGUCCAAGAACAUAGAUGUGCGGGAUGAGCUGCUCAAGUUUCACAAGAAGUGGUACUCCGCCAACAUUAUGUGCCUGGCUGUCAUUGGAAAAGAAUCGCUGGACGAACUGGAGGGCAUGGUCUUGGAGAAAUUCUCGGAAAUCGAAAACAAAAACGUCGAAGUUCCGGAUUGGCCGCGUCAUCCCUACGCUGAGGAGCGCUAUGGACAAAAAGUGAAAAUAGUGCCUAUUAAAGACAUCCGAUCGCUAACGAUAAGCUUUACCACAGAUGAUUUGACGCAGUUCUACAAGUCGGGCCCCGAUAACUAUCUGACGCACCUCAUCGGUCACGAGGGCAAGGGAAGCAUUUUGUCCGAAUUGCGGCGAUUGGGCUGGUGCAAUGAUCUAAUGGCUGGACAUCAGAACACACAAAACGGCUUUGGGUUCUUUGAUAUUGUGGUCGAUUUAACACAGGAGGGCUUGGAGCACGUAGAUGACAUUGUCAAGAUCGUGUUUCAGUAUUUGGGAAUGCUGCGCAAAGAGGGUCCCAAGAAGUGGAUAUUCGACGAGUGCGUGAAACUCAACGAAAUGAGAUUUCGGUUUAAGGAAAAGGAGCAGCCGGAAAACUUAGUCACCCAUGCAGUUUCGUCCAUGCAAAUAUUCCCACUGGAAGAAGUACUUAUCGCUCCAUAUCUGAGCAACGAAUGGCGUCCAGACCUCAUUAAGAGUUUAUUGGACGAGUUAGUUCCCUCUAAGAGUCGCAUCGUAAUGGUAAGCCAGAGUUUUGAGCAGGACUGCGACCAAGCUGAGCCCUACUAUAAAACAAAGUACGGCGUUCAGCGUGUGACCAAGGACACAGUGCAAUGCUGGGAAAAUUGUGAACUUAACGAGAACCUGAAACUGGCACUGCCAAACAGUUUUAUACCUACAAACUUCGAAAUUUCCGAGGUUCCAGCCGAUGCUCCUAAACAUCCCACGAUCAUUUUGGACACGCCCAUUUUGAGGGUAUGGCACAAGCAGGACAAUCAAUUCAAUAAACCGAAAGCUUGCAUGACGUUCGACAUGUCCAAUCCCAUUGCUUAUCUGGAUCCCCUGAACUGUAACCUGAAUCAUAUGAUGGUGAUGCUGCUAAAGGAUCAACUCAACGAAUACUUGUAUGAUGCUGAACUAGCCAGUUUGAAACUGAGCGUCAUGGGAAAGACUUGCGGGAUUGACUUUACUAUUCGAGGUUUCAGUGACAAGCAGGUUGUGCUGCUGGAAAAGCUUUUAGAUCACCUUUUUGAUUUCUCUAUCGACGAGAAGCGUUUCGACAUCCUCAAAGAGGAAUACGUACGUUCUCUGAAAAACUUUAAGGCUGAGCAACCCUAUCAGCAUUCCAUAUACUAUUUAGCUCUGUUGUUAACCGAAAAUGCCUGGGCGAAUGUGGAGCUCUUGGACGCUAUGGAACUCGUUACCUACGAUAGAGUAUUGAAUUUUGCUAAGGAGUUCUUCCAGCGUCUGCAUACCGAGUGCUUUAUUUUUGGAAACGUUACCAAGCAGCAGGCUACGGAUAUCGCAGGACGAGUAAACAAUCGAUUGGAGGCUACAAAUGCAGCAAAGCUUCCCAUUUUGGCACGGCAAAUGUUAAAAAAGCGGGAGUAUAAGCUGCUUGCUGGCGACAGCUACUUGUUUGAGAAAGAGAAUGAGUUCCAUAAAAGCUCCUGCACACAGCUCUAUCUGCAAUGUGGCGCACAAACGGAUCACACAAACAUAAUGGUAAAUCUGGUGUCUCAGGUGCUUUCCGAACCCUGCUACGAUUGCCUGCGCACAAAGGAGCAGCUGGGCUACAUCGUGUUUAGUGGAGUGCGUAAAGUCAAUGGAGCCAAUGGCAUUCGCAUAAUCGUGCAGUCAGCGAAGCAUCCGUCUUUUGUUGAGGAUCGUAUUGAGAACUUCCUGCAAACUUAUCUGCAAGUAAUUGAGGAUAUGCCCUUGGAUGAGUUCGAGCGCCACAAGGAGGCUUUGGCUGUGAAGAAGCUGGAAAAGCCUAAGACCAUAUUCCAGCAAUUCAGCCAGUUCUACGGCGAGAUAGCGAUGCAAACGUAUCACUUUGAAAGGGAAGAGGCUGAAGUCGCAAUACUCCGAAAAAUAAGCAAAGCUGAUUUCGUUGAAUACUUUAAGAAAUUUAUCGCAAAGGAUGGCGAUGAACGUCGCGUUCUGUCCGUACAUAUUGUGUCCCAGCAAACAGACGGGAAUGCCACGACCGAAGCAGAGCCUGUGGAAAUCACGAACAUGGACCGACACAAACCAAUCAGCGAUAUUGUGACAUUCAAGUCAUGCAAGGAGCUUUAUCCUAUCGCAUUGCCAUUCCUCGACAUCAAGGCGAAGGGAGCACGCAGCAAGCUGUAAAGUGGAUUCAGGAUAUGGAAAUCUUUUUUAAAUAGCACAUGGUUUUGGUCUCUGUUUGUUUUAAUUGCCCAAUCGAAAACAACCGUGGUUCCGUCGUUCACAAAUAUAAAAGAAUCUGAAUCAACAAAGCGUUCUGCUUGAUAUAAGAACUACCUAAAA